CGAGGGGAAGCGGGAACUUGAGGGGAGGAAACUUCCUUCCUGAGAGAUAACAGGAGGGGUACUGGGCGGAACGCUGACGUGUUUACGGGCUGUGAGGAGCCUCGGCGCCUUGCCUGGCAGCCUUGGUGGCGUGCGGGACUUUGCGUGCGGGCAGCGAGAGCCCCGCCGCCUGCCCGGCCCGCUCAGCUCCGUGCCCGGCUGCUGGCGGAGCUGCUGCUCGCUUAGCCGUCCCGUAACUCUGCGUUAGUUCGCAGCAGCCGUUCUCCAUAUCAUCAGUGCAGCUUUUUCUGCUACUGCCCCGCUGCUGACAAGUAAAGAGGCAGUAGCUAGACACUGAGAAGUAUUCAAGGCACCAAAAAGCAGACCCCGACCCAGCAGCCUGCUAACAAGCCUUGGGGAGAAUAAAUCAGUGCUUCAUAGGAGACUUUAAGGCCCAUGUGAGGAACUUCUGACUCAUCUUGUGUGAGGUUUAGACAAAGUGACCGUGAGAUUUGAAGGAAUAGAUCACUUGGUGUUGAAUCUAGUAACAGGACUAGUCCUACGGAUAGAUGUGCACGUGUUUUGUGAACGUGGAGCUCAGUGACCUGGGAAGAUAACGGAAGAUGUGAAAAGGAAACUUGACGACACCGUGUCUUUAGAGAAGAUCCGUGCUGAGUCAGUCUGAGAAAUGAAAAGCGUCAGAUCAGUGGAGAUCUAGCAUGUUGUAUAAGUUUUUAAAUCUAUUUUCUUAUAAUUUGAAGACUGAUCAAAACUGCGUGAGGCUUUAUGCCCUUAAAGAGAAGACUGUGCUAAGAGAGCAAGGACUUUGUUCUUAUUUAUAAACAUACUGUUUUGACAAGAGGCAUAGUAGAGCAGCACUGACACUGGUCAAAGUCAAAGCUGUCUAAUAGGAAAGCAAAGAUGCAGAGCACCUCGAAUUAUCUCUGGCUGUUGUCUGACAUUCUAGGACAAGGAGCUACCGCAAACGUUUUCCGGGGACGACAUAAGAAAACUGGGGAUUUAUAUGCUGUCAAAGUAUUUAACAGUAUAAGUUUCCUUCGUCCUGUGGAUGUUCAGAUGCGAGAGUUUGAAGUAUUGAAGAAACUGAACCAUAAAAACAUUGUCAAGUUGUUUGCUAUUGAGGAAGAGACAACAACUAGACACAAAGUGCUAGUUAUGGAAUUUUGUCCGUGUGGAAGUUUAUAUACAGUUCUAGAGGAACCAUCCAAUGCCUUUGGUUUGCCAGAAUCAGAAUUCUUAAUUGUGUUGAGAGAUGUAGUGGCUGGGAUGAAUCAUCUCCGGGAGAACGGAAUAGUGCACCGUGACAUCAAACCAGGCAACAUCAUGCGUGUUAUAGGUGAAGAUGGUCAGUCUGUCUACAAACUGACAGACUUCGGUGCUGCAAGGGAGCUUGAAGAUGAUGAGCAGUUUGUUUCUCUCUAUGGCACAGAGGAGUAUUUACAUCCUGAUAUGUAUGAGCGAGCAGUUUUGAGGAAAGAGCAUCAGAAAAAGUAUGGAGCCACAGUUGAUCUGUGGAGUAUAGGGGUGACCUUUUACCAUGCUGCAACGGGGAGUUUGCCUUUCCGACCCUUUGAAGGGCCUCGUAGAAACAAGGAAGUGAUGUAUAAAAUAAUCACUGGGAAGCCUUCUGGUGCUAUUUCUGGAAUACAGAAAGCAGCAAAUGGACCAAUUGAAUGGAGCUGGGAGAUGCCUAUUUCUUGCAGUCUUUCAAAGGGUCUGCAAGUACUGCUCACACCUGUCCUUGCAAAUAUUCUGGAAGCAGACCAGGAGAAAUGCUGGGGCUUCGAUCAGUUCUUUGCAGAGACGAGUGACAUACUGCACCGAAUCAUAAUCCACAUCUUUUCGCUCCAGCAGAUGACCUUGCACAAAGUUUAUAUUCACAGCUACAAUACAGCUGCUAUAUUUCAUGAUUUGGUCUACAAACAGACAAAGAUACCAUCUCAGAAUCAAGAACUUAUAUACGAAGGUCGGCGUUUGAUACUAGAACCUGGCAGACUGGCACAACACUUCCCCAGGACUACUGAGGAGAAUCCUAUCUUCGUAGUAAGCAGAGAGGCUGUGAACAUUGUUGGAUUAGUCUAUGAAGAAGUUCUGCUUCCUAAAGUGCAUCAACGUUAUGACUUGGAUGGGGAUGCCACUAUGGCUAAAGAAGUAACACGUAUCGUGUGUUAUGCCUGUAGAGUUGCCAGUUCUUUGCUGCUUUACCAGGAGCUGAUGCGAAAAGGAAUACGAUGGCUAAAUGAGAUAAUCAAGGAUGAUUACAAUGAAAUGGUUCAUAAAAAGACUAAGGUUGUCAUCAGACUGGAUUUCUGCAGCAGAAACAUUGAAAAAGCAGAGAAAAUAUAUGAGAAUUUAAUGCAGAUCAACUUGGAAUCAUCAGAAGUGGAUGAAAUUUCAGAGAUAAACACGAAAUUGUUGCGUCUCUCCAGCUCUCAGGGCACAAUAGAAACAAGUCUUCAAGAUAUCAAGACCAAACUUUCUCCUGGUGGUUUACUAGCUGACACCUGGGUGAAUCAAGAGGGCACACAUCCAAGAGACAGAAAUCCUGAAAGGCUGCAGACGCUGCUAUCUUCGAUCACAGAAAUUUACUAUCAGUUCAAAAAAGACAAACAAGAACGAAGGCUUCCCUAUAAUGAAGAACAAAUUCACAAGUUUGACAAGCAGAAGCUGUAUUUGCAUGCUACCAAAGCCAUAGCUCUGUUCAAAGAUGAGUGUGUCAGCAAGUAUGAUGCAUUUCUGGACAAGGCUGAGGACUGGACAAGGAAAAUGCUUCACACAAGAAAGCAGUUGCUGGCUCUCACCAACCAAUGUUUUGAUAUUGAAGAAGAAGUAUCCAAAUACCAGGAUUAUAUAAAUGAGUUACAAGAUGCUCUGCCUCAGAAAAUGUUUGCAGCUUCCACUGGGAUGAAACAUACCAUGAAUACAGUUUAUCCAAGUUCAAAUACAUUAGUAGAAAUGACUCUUGGUAUGAAGAAACUAAAGGAGGAAAUGGAAGGGGUUGUUAAAGAGCUGGCUGAGAACAAUCAUAUUUUGGAAAGAUUUGGUGCUUUGACUGCAGAUGGUGGCCUGAGGAAUGUGGACUGUAUCUAACUUUCAAAGGACCUGAAGAUUUGUACAUUUUUCAAAGGGAAAAAAUACUGUUGGGACAUUUUAAAGCAGAUAAUAAAUCUGUAUCCAGUUCUUUUUCUCUGCAACUGUAGUAUUAAAAAAAAAUGUAAAUAUGUAUAAUAUGUAAAUAUAGAAGAAAUAUAUAUCUUUUUUUGUCAGCGUUUAGGGUAGAAUUAAUUCUGGCAGGGAAUUUAAUUCUUGGAGGAUUUCUGACAUAGUCCAGAAGGCAAAAGUGUUGUUGGUGAAGUUGACAUUUGUUUGGUUUUAAUAUUGCCCCUUUUUCAGAAUGCAGUUUACUCGUUAUUGCAAGAGUAACCUAUAGAAGUCUAAAAAUCAUGAUUCAUCUUUAAAGAGUGUCUUGGAUUUCCUUUAACCACUCACAACAAGAAAGACAUAGAGGCCCUGGAGUGUGUCCAGAGAAGAGCAGUGAAGCUGUGAAGGGUCUGGUACACAAGUCUUAGGGGGAGAGGCUGAGGGAGCUGGGAUUGUUCAGUCUGCAGAAGAGGAGGCUCAGGGAGACCUUAUCGCUCUCUACAAUUGCCUGAAGGGAGGCUGUGAUGCAGUGGGGAUCAACCUCUUCUCCCAUGUAACAGUGACAGGACGAGAGGGAAUGGCCUCAAGUUAUGCUUGGAGAGGUUCAGGUUGGACAUUAGGAAAUACUUCUGUGAGAGAGCGGUGAGGCAUUGGCACAGGCUGCCCUGGUGGGUGGUGGAGUCAAUGUCCCUGGAGGUGUUCAAGGAGCAUUUUAGAUGUUGUACUGAGGGACAUGGUUAGUGGGAAAUACUGCUGAUAAGUGGACGGUUGGACUGGAUCAUCUUAGAGGUCUUUUCCAACCUUGGGGAUUCUAUGAUUCUGUGAUUCUAUUACUUUGGAAACUAGCUGAAUGACUCUAAUCAUCCCAAAACAGGAGAGCUGUUCUAAAUUAUCUCUCUUUAAAAAGUGUGAAUGGAGACUAAAAGCACAGACAGGACAGAGUGGAAACACAUUUGUCUUCAUGUGCCUAUUAGUUCUCUUUUGUGGGAAAAUAAUUUCACAGUAUUUUUUGUUUUUAAGUCCUUACCCAUAUUCAGUGCCACGUUGUCUGCUCUGUAUGUGGAAGUUUGAUACUGCAGGUGUCAGACUGAAUGUAGAAACUCCUUUUGUAGAGUACAGUACUUUUAGAGUGUUCCUGAAAUCUUGUUGCUCACUACAAGAGAAGUGGGUUCUUAAAAUAAAAUUGUUUUUUUUUCAGAGUCCUCUUUGUAGACAUUAUUUUUAAAGGUUAAAAACAGAUAUUACAGAGAUUUUUUAGGUGGUGAGUAGAAUAGAGAGCAUUAUGCCUCAGUGGUAACUGAACGUUAGAAAAAAUAAUGUAACCAGUCCAGAUCUUGGAAAAAUGAACCCACCCACUGCCAACUUAGGUAUUUUUCAACAUUACAUUGAUAACCCCUUGCAGUUUCAAAGGCUCUUAAUUUUGAAAGAAACUGAGUGUUAGUUGGAUAUGUGAUUCUCAACGUCCUUUAUACUGAAGCAAUCUGAAUAGGAAAGCUCAUUGUGGUAACAAUAUUGUCUGUGUAUUGAAAUACACGUGGCAUUCUUUUUUAUGGUUGAAACUGAUUUAUGUUCUACUAUGUUCAUUUUAAACAUGGCAGGUUUUAGUGUUGCUAAAUACAUUGGUGAUCUUAAUCCUGUUAAAAUUACUUUUAGAUAAAGUAAUUUUAACUAAGCACUAGCUAAAGAAGUAAUCAGUUCAUGAUUUACUGAUUACCUUCUUAUGAAAUCAAUAUACUUUUCCUGUUGAGGUGUGGCAUAUGAUACCAUGGAACUCUUGGCUCAUACUAAGUGUCCUGAUGCUAUCAGUCAUGCUACUGAUUUGCCAAAAGAAGUAAUAGAAAGUAAUAUAUGGUUCUUCCUCCUGAAGCUGGUUUGCUUUCUGGGGGGUUUAGCAUAGUAUAUUAAUUAUCUGUUACUCAAACAAAUCUGUCGUCAUAUGAAUUGUGAAAAUGCAUGAGUGAAUGACUUAAAUACAUCAUCAACCUCU